AUGCUCCUCACUGAGACAGCAGCAGCGCGGGAUUACGCCGCGCGGCUGGAGCGACGGAUCGAGGGUCGCGUGAUUAAUGGCGAGCUGGGCGGAUCUGUGCCCCAGAUCGCUCAAGACUUGAGUGAGGUCUCUGAGACGGGACUUGAGCGCGUCGCACUGUGCACGGGACUCUGGCAGCGGUCGAAGCUUCGGCUUGGGCUUCACGUCCGUCGUCAGCGGAUCCGCGAGCUGGAGGGUCUGCUUGACCGAAUCUUCGCCCACCGUGACCGGCUACAGCAGGACUUCGACGACGCCAACCGCCGUGCCGAGCGUGGCAAAGGAGCCGUGGAACGGGCCAACGCCGCGGCGGACCGCCAGCAAACUGUGGCUCAGGAGUCGCAUCGCCAGAACGUUGCAACUCUGGAGUGGGUUCGUGACCUGGAGGAGCAGCUGUACCAGCUUCGGUGUGAGCGGGACCAGCACGUGCGUGAGUACCAGACCGUCGCCACCAACUUCUGUCAGACCCAGGAGCGGCUUACGCAGACCAACGCGCGGAUCGGCGCCUUCGCACAUCUCCGCAGUGAGAGGGAUGCUCUCCACUCGGCCGAUCCUGCUCACGCUUCCUGUGUGCGUGGCUACAAGGAGCUACUCGUGCAGAUCGCAGACAACCAGCAGGCGUACGGCUACUUGCGCCGCGAUUUCGACGGCUUGGAGAUCGCGGCCUUGACCGUCGUAGUUCCACCUCGCGUCGCUGGGGUCCAAGUCCCGUGUGUUCCGUCGCCGACCGCGUACACGCCUUGUUCCUCCAAGCGAGACCGUCUGCCCGCUAUCGCCCCUGAUCUCAUGGUCUCAGUCGCUAAGCGCGCUCGUCGUUCGUCGUCGUUGGCGGGUCAGUCUCCCGCCGCCCUUGCUACCCCAGGCGCUGCGGUCGAGGUGACAUCCGCGGUGACCACUUCGUAUAACAUUGAUUCAAUCGUGGAUCCGGCGGGCGAUGAGGUGGACCAUGACUAUGCCUGUUCCAACGCGGGUACCGAACCCAGCGACUCCGACUCUGAGGAGUCUGACGACGAGCAGGCCGUUCCCGAUCCGACCUCCGCCACCGCGAUUCCGAGAGUGUGGUGA